AUGUUGGAGACUGGCUGCUGCCGUGCAAAGAAUGCCUCGAACGUCCUGAUGAAAAAUUUGGUGAACGUCUCGGUCGGGACCUUGGGUUGGUGGAUCUUUGGCUGGGCCUUUGCCUAUGGCUCCCAAGCGGGGUCUUUCAUUGGCACGGAUGGCUUCUUCGGCCUGGGAUUCUACAACAAGGAUACGUCGGGCAAUAUCGUCCCGGUGGAAUGUGACGAUGGAAACUGCCAGUCCACGAUGCUGAGUUGGUUCUUUCAAUGGGCGUUUUGCACAGCCGGUGCCACCAUUGUGAGCGGAUGCGUGGCGGAGCGUGUCAAGAGUCCCACGUAUGCUGUGUUCGCCUUCUGCAUGACCAGCUUUAUUUACCCAAUAAUUGUGGCUUGGACCUGGGGUGGCGGCUGGCUCGCAAGCAUCUUCGAUGUGGGAUACAUGGAUUUCGCGGGCUCAGGUGUUGUCCAUUUCACAGGAGGCGUCUGCGGCCUCGCUGGCACGGUCAUCCUGGGCCCCCGUAAGGGACGCUUCGAGAAUCCUGAAGAGUUCGAGUACCACAAUAUCCCGCU